AAGCAUAUGACCAUUACGAACCAAUCGUAACAAGCUCGCUCGUAUCGGCUCUACUUCCGUUUUUGAUAAAGCACGGCAACCUAGUCAUCGUCAUCAUCAUCAUUAUGGCCUCUGGAGCUUUGUUCCCCAGCAUGGUGUCUGGCACUCGCGGCUCCUCCAGUAAGUACCUGGUGGAGUUUCGAGCUGGAAAGAUGACCAUGAAGGGCAGCACGGUGACCCCCGACAAGCGCAAAGGCCAAGUCUACAUCCAGCAGACGGACGACUCCCUCAUCCACUUCUGCUGGAAGGAUCGCACCACUGGAAAUGUGGACGAUGACCUGAUCAUCUUCCCCGAUGACUGCGAAUUCAAACGGGUCAGUCAGUGCACCACCGGCCGUGUCUACGUACUGAAGUUCAAAGCUGGCUCCAAAAGGCUUUUCUUCUGGAUGCAGGAGGCCAAGACUGACAAAGAUGAGGAGUACUGUCGCAAAGUGAACGAGUAUCUCAACAACCCGCCCAUGCCCGGCACUUUGGGUAGCGGCGGCAGUGGCGGACAUGAUCUGUCUGCUCUUGGAGGCGAGGGUGGUCUGCAGAGCCUUCUGGGGAAUAUGAGCCACAACCAGCUCAUGCAGUUGAUUGGACCAGCUGGACUUGGCGGCAUUGGUGGUCUUGGCGCACUUGCUGGCCCAGGGUUAGCAAACCUCUUGGGCAGCAGUAGCAGCAGCAGUAGCGUUCCUGCUGCCAGCAACUCCUCUACAAGUCCUUCUACUGUGGUCACGCCCACCUCGACCUCCGGCGCCAGUCGCCUCGGUGCCUCCCAGGCAUCCACUGCGUCCGUCAAUCCCUCAGCCGCCUCUGCAGCAUCCCCGCCUGCGAGUACUCCUCCCACGCCCACACCUGCUGCGUCGUCCGCCGCAGCAGGAGCCGUGGCGAGCAACCCAACGCAGCCCAUCCAACUGAGAGACCUGCAGAGCAUCCUGGCUACCAUGAACGUGCCCGCUGGCAGCACAGGAGUGGACCUGGCCACUGCCCUGACUCCAGAGGUGAUGGCUCCCAUCCUGGCCAACCCUGAAGUGCAGCAGAGACUGAUGCCCUUCCUGCCCAGUGGGGAGUCCCUGCUCCAGAGCACGGAUGAGCUGCAGACCACGCUCAGCUCUCCGCAGUUUCAGCAGGCUAUGAGCAUGUUUAGCAGCGCUCUAGCAUCGGGGCAGUUGGGGCCACUGAUGAACCAGUUCGGGUUACCAACAGAGGCUGUGGAUGCUGCCAACAAUGGAGAUCUGGAGGCGUUUGCAAAAGCAAUGGAGACCGACACAAAGUCGGAUCAGGACGGAGACACCAAUGACAAAAAGGACGAUGAUGAAGACAUGAGUUUGGAUUAAACAAUGAUACAAACGCAUUUCUUUAGCGAAUGCGAUUAGAGUGUUACAGCUCCUUCCGUGCAUUUAAAUAAUAAAGAUGCAACAAUGAUUACAA